GUUGUCUCAUGACAACAAGCAAAAUGUCGGAAAUGAUCUUUAGAUUUUGGCAAGUUUUCUCUUAAGAAGAUAAAUAAUGGGCGUAAUAAAGAAUAAUUCGAAUGAUAUCAAUCAUACUACAGCUCGGACGUUAGUCAACGCUACCGGAAUAUCGCAUUGUUUGGCUAAAGCGAUCAUAAACUACAGAAAACAGAAGCAAAACAACCCGAUUGAAGAUUUUCAUGAAUUAUGGAAGGUACCAGGGAUGACUUCGGAAGAUUAUGAAGCAAUUGCCGAAGAAUUCAAAAAAUCUAAACCUCAAGAUAAACAGCCAGUAACAAAGGUAAAUGUCAAAUCAGAGACAACGAAGGGAAAAGAUUCUGUGUCGAAAGAGAAGCCAACAUCUUCACCAAACUCCACUCAAGGUCGCAAUACAGCGAGAAACAGAAGAAAACGCGAGAGAAAAAAGAGAAAGAAACAGGAAAGAAUGGCUUCUACAUCCCCUGCACCGUCAAGUCUCAAACGCGAUACCGAUAAAAUUAAUUCAAAAGCUAUUAAUCAAAGAAUUCGAACUGGAAUGAACAAGGCAAACCUGAGUCAUAAUGGGUUUCAAAUACCAAAUCUUUUAGUGAAUCCCGAAUGGGAAAGUCCUCAGAACACGCUGAUUCUUUUAACGGGUGGAAGUGGUCAAAAACAAAUGUUAAUGCCAUAUAAAGUUAGGUCGUAUCAAGACGGCCAGGAAUUCGUCGUCCGCUACCUAAACCAGCCACAUGUCGAUGAUUUAUUCUCACAGUCUUCCAAUCCUCGACAUGGUGGUAAACAGACAAAGAACAGCCAAGAUAGAUCGUUAUCUGCAUCUCCAGAGAGGCGUCAUGCAAGUACGAGUAGAAGUGGAAGUCGAGGCCGGAGCCGAAGCCGUAGUCGAAGUAGUAAAUCAACAACAACAUCUCCACCAGAAAAACGCUCGCGAUCCAACCCGCCUAGUAACUCAGAUUAUUCUGGUAACAAUGUUAAGAUAAUAGAAAUGGGUUCUGUUGUUCCACAAGGUCCUGGAAGUAACACUCUUCGCAGUGAUAUCACUAUUCCGGCAAACGCAGAAUGGUCGAAAAAUGAUCACGAAAGUGUCCGCAAUUGGUUAGCAGGCGUCGGAAAUGAAAAUAUAAUUUCUUCCAGUGGACAAGGAACACGUGUGAGAUCAAUAUCUGCCGAUUCCCGUUUAACGACGGGAGAAAACUCAACGCGUCGCCGUCUUGAUUUCGAUCAACAAAAACCUAGUACUUCUGCAGGAAAAAGUUCUCAAAUAGGCCAACGUAAGCCGAAUGAAUUUGAUGGGAACUAUCCAACAAUGUCAAGAGACAAAUCGCGCCAAAGUCCGGGAAUAUUUAGUUCAUCAAAGCAAGUAUACGAUACAGUGCAGAGAUCUCGCGAAAGAAACAGAGAUGUCUCUUUAAAACGGCAGAGGCAUGGUGCAAGUCGCCAUAAAUCUCGCCAUCAAUGGAAGAGUAGAGUCGAUCCCGAGGAUGGUAUUCUGGAGGAUGAAAGGCGCCCCAUUGAAGCUCGCCUUGACAGACCUCGUGAUGAUAAUACUGGUCUAACUGCAAAGGAGAUGAGGAGGGCCAAGAAGCAGGAUUUGGAACGACAGCAGCUGCGUCAUCGAAAUCGAUCUCGAGCUAGAUCAAGGGCAAAGUCCAGGGCUCGCUGGCGAAAAAGGUUCUUUAAUUGCACUGUGAUGUAAAAGGCUGAUGGUGAAUAAGGAUAACUUUUUGAAAUCAUCGAAUUACGGAAUUCCUCGUAUCCGAUUUACUAAAUGAAAUAAGUGGUUUUUCUUGCAUGGGAUGAUUUAUUUAGUCGGAACAGUUGUCUCUAUACUAAACAAAUAAUGCUAACUUUAGAACUAUUUCUACAUGAUAUUUUGAUACUAACCUUUAUGGCAUAUACAAAGUAUAUAAAAUCAUUUUAUGUAUACAAAUGAUAAAUGAUAUCAUACAUGAUAAAUAAUAAACAUUAUAAAUU